CUCUCCUCUCCUCCGUCUGCACGCGGGAGCGAGCGUCAGGAUCCAAGGACGGACCGCGGGCUCGCGAGCUUCAGGUCGUCUGGAAGUCCGCGAACAUCAACAGACCGAGAACCGGGUCCGGGUCCCGGUACCGGGUUACAGUCCACUGAUGGAUGAGUGAUGAGAGCGGAGAGGACUCAGCAGUAAAGGUCGGACUGUGAGGAAGACUCUGAGGAAGACUCUGAUGAAGAGGAGGUGAAUCAACAGGACGAAGCGCGAGACGGUGUCAACAAUGUCAGCGGGCUUUUUCCGUUCAGCUGUCAAUAAAAACGAUCAAUAAUCGAUCAGCGAUCAGGUUCUGGAUCCUCAAAACAACACGUCAUCUUCAAAUAAAAACAACAACAACAACAACAAUCACCUUUAACCUGAAAGAGCCGCGAACCGGAGCGGACCGGAGCGGGUACCGGAGCGGGUACCGGAGCCGGUACCGGGCAGAUACACCGGGAGGAAACACCGGGACUGAGAUCAACAGGAGACCGACUGAACGACGCAGUUUGAACCGCUUUAAUCUGAAACCUCCGCAGAGCUGAAACAUGGAGCUCCGUGGCAUGCUGCUCCUCACCGUGCUGCAGUGCUGCUCGGUGGCUCGCGGCGGCUGCGAGCCUCGGCUGGUGAACAUCGGCGCCGUGCUGAGCCAGAAACGCUACGAGCAGGUGUUCAAAGAGGCGGUGAGCCAGGCUAACACGCUGUACGGGAAGGACAAGUUCAAGAUGAACGCCAUCUCCGUCACGCACAAACCCAACGCCAUCCAGAUGGCGCUGUCCGUCUGCGAGGACCUCAUCUCCAACCAGGUGUACGCCAUCCUGGUCAGUCACCCUCCGCAGUCCAACGACCACCUGACUCCGACACCCGUCUCCUACACCGCCGGCUUCUACCGGAUCCCCGUGGUCGGCCUGACGACGCGCAUGUCCAUCUACUCUGACAAGAGCAUCCACCUGUCCUUCCUGAGGACGGUGCCUCCAUACUCCCACCAGGCUCACGUCUGGUUCGACCUGAUGAGGGAGUUCAGGUGGAACCACAUCAUCCUGAUCGUCAGCGACGACCACGAAGGCCGAGCGGCUCAGAAGAGACUGGAGACGCUGCUGGAGGAGAGAGAGACCAAGACUAAAAACAGGAACUAUGAAAACCUCGAUCAACAGAACUUUGACUUCAGGAGAACACCCAAGGCGGAGAAGGUGCUGCUGUUCAGCCAGGACACCAACUUGACGUCUCUUCUGCUGGAGGCCAAAGAUCUGGAGGCCCGAGUCAUCAUCCUCUCUGCCAGUGAGGAUGAAGCUGCAGCCGUGUAUAAAGCAGCCCGGCAGCUCAACAUGACCGGCGCCGGUUACGUCUGGCUGGUCGGAGAGAGAGAGAUGACCGGCAAAGCUCUGAAUGAAGCUCCAGAUGGCCUGUUGGCCCUCCAGCUGAUUAACGGUAAAAACGAGUCGGCGCACAUCACGGACGCCGUGGCGGUGGUGGCUCAGUCUCUGCAGGAGCUGUUUGAGAAGGAGAACAUCACGGAGCCUCCGCGGGGCUGCGUGGGAAACACCAACAUCUGGAGGACGGGGCCGCUCUUCAAACGGGUGCUGAUGUCAUCCAAGUACCCCGACGGUCUGACGGGACGGAUCGAGUUUAACGACGAUGGUGACCGGCGCUUCGCCACCUACAGCAUCCUGAACUACCAACAGAAACCGGGUCGCCUCGUCCAGGUCGGAGUCUUCAACGGAUCACAGGUGGUGAUGAACCCUCAGAGGAAGAUCAUCUGGCCCGGAGGAGAGACCGAGAAACCAGUUGGAUACCAGAUGUCGACUAAACUGAAGAUUGUGACCAUCCAUCAGGAGCCGUUUGUUUACGUGAAACCAACAAAGACUGACGGGACGUGUAAAGAGGAGCACACCGUUAACGGAGUCUUAAUCAAGAAGGUGAUCUGUACUGGACCCAACGCGACCAUCCCAGGUCAGCCCAUCGUCCCUCAGUGUUGUUACGGGUUCUGUAUCGACCUGCUCAUCAAGCUGGCGAUGAGCAUGAACUUCACCUACGAGGUUCACCUGGUGGCUGAUGGGAAAUUUGGCACGCAGGAGCGAGUGAAUAACAGCAACAAGAAGGAGUGGAACGGGAUGAUGGGGGAGCUGCUGGGAGGUCUUGCCGACAUGAUCGUCGCUCCCCUCACCAUCAACAAUGAGCGUGCUCAGUACAUCGAGUUCUCCAAACCAUUCAAGUACCAGGGGCUCACCAUCCUCGUCAAGAAGGAAAUCCCUCGCAGCACUCUGGAUUCAUUCAUGCAACCGUUCCAGAGUACACUGUGGCUGUUAGUCGGUCUGUCGGUCCACGUGGUGGCAGUGAUGCUUUACCUAUUAGACCGGUUCAGCCCGUUUGGAAGGUUUAAAGUAAAUAGUGAAGAAGAAGAAGAAGACGCCCUCACCCUGUCCUCCGCCAUGUGGUUCUCAUGGGGAGUACUGCUGAACUCUGGGAUAGGAGAAGGAGCUCCCAGGAGUUUCUCAGCCAGGAUUCUGGGUAUGGUGUGGGCAGGUUUUGCUAUGAUCAUUGUAGCAUCGUAUACUGCCAACCUGGCAGCCUUCCUUGUGUUGGACCGGCCUGAGGAGCGCAUCACUGGCAUCAAUGACCCCAGGCUGCGUAACCCAUCAGAUAAGUUCAUCUACGCCACAGUGAAGCAGAGUUCGGUGGAUAUCUACUUCAGACGGCAGGUGGAGCUGAGUACCAUGUACCGGCACAUGGAGAAACACAACUACGAGAGCGCUGCUGAGGCCAUCCAGGCCGUCAGAGACAAUAAGCUUCAUGCCUUCAUCUGGGACAGCGCUGUGUUGGAGUUCGAGGCAUCGCAGAAGUGCGAUCUGGUGACGACAGGAGAGCUUUUCUUCCGCUCUGGAUUCGGAAUUGGAAUGAGGAAAGACAGUCCAUGGAAACAGAACGUUUCUCUGGCUAUUCUCAGCUCUCAUGAGAAUGGCUUCAUGGAGGACCUGGAUAAGACGUGGGUUCGAUACCAGGAGUGUGACUCCAGGAGCAACGCCCCCGCUACCCUCACCUUCGAGAACAUGGCAGGUGUGUUCAUGCUGGUUGCCGGUGGCAUCGUUGCCGGGAUCUUCCUCAUCUUUAUUGAGAUCGCCUACAAACGACACAAAGACGCUCGAAGGAAACAGAUGCAACUCGCCUUCGCUGCCGUGAACGUCUGGAGGAAGAACCUACAGGAUAGGAAAAGUGGUAGAGCAGAGCCCGAGCCCAAACUGAAAACCUCUUUUAGGUCCAUCACUUCGACCUCCGACCUCAAACGCCGUAGGGCCUCCGGGGACGCCACGCUCAAUCAUCUCCUUGCUGACUCAUCAUGGCCGCCCGUCUGUCAGUCAGCCAUCUUUAUCUUCCCGCCUCCAUCAGACAGACAGACAGACGAGAGGAAACAGAUUGAAGACAGAAAGCGUCCGGUUCGAUGCGUCCAGUCAGGUCAGGGCUCGUGUUGUUGCCGAGUCGUCCUCUUGCAAAGGAGAAGUGAAGAGGGUCAGACUGUGUGGUCUCUUUCUCCUGUGGACCCUUUGUCCUCUCAUCCCUCCUCUCUGUUUGUGUCCUGUCGUUUGUCUUCGUCCUGUCUGUCUCCUUGUCCUCCCUGUUCUGUUGUUUUUUCCUCUCCUUCCUCUCCUGUCAUCUCUCUGUCCCUUCAUCUCACCAGAACACCCGCCAACCCCUCUCAGAGAGGUUCUACUGUCCCUCCACUAACGACCAGCUCUCGUCCUCACAGGUCGGCCUGCAGAGACUCGUCUUUCUCCUCUUAACUCGUCUCAUUUUCAGCGAGGCGACAGUUUUAGGAGCCGGUGCAUUAGAGCUGUCAGAGACGAUGAUGUUUCUGGCUGUAAAUGGCUCCUCUCUCGGCUAAUAAAUGACUCAUCCCUCAGGAGUCCCUGCCGGAGUGGAGCUGUGCGGCUCCUUCAUGAGUUCAACCGAUAAUCAGUGCUGUCAGCAGUGCUGAUGGUUCUGACCCGUCUGUGGCCGCCUGCGUCUCUCUUUUCUUUUCAGCCUCAGUUUGGAAGAGUUUCAUAAAGAGAAUGAAGCUGCUUCCCUCUGUGAGCGGACAGCGAGGACUGUGAGAGGAUGAAACUGCUCUCAGAUCUCAAAUGUGCCAAAUCCUCCGCCCUGUAAAUCCACGGCAGUCGGCCAUCUUACAUCUCCUCUCCCUCCUGAUAUCCUGUUGAUUUCAUGUGCAGGGAAUCAAACUGAACAUUAAAACAUUUCAAUGAGCUGCACUGAAGUGUGUUA